AUGGAGUCGAACAAUAUUUCUAGUACUGUUGAUGCAGAAAAAUGCAAUAAUAAUAAUAAUAACAAGAAUAUUGGGGAGGAAGAAGAUUCGAAGAUCAUUGAAAAGCUGAAUUUGUGUUGUGUUGUCUUUGACUUCGCCGACCAGGCUGGGCAUCUGAACCAAAAAGAUAUCAAACGACAGACAUUGCUUGAGCUGGUGGAUUAUGUCAAAUCCGCAAAUGCGAAAUUCAGUGAAACUUUCAUGGAGGAGGCCAUAAAGAUGGUGUCCGUGAAUUUGUUUCGGUCUCAGUCAAUCUCGCCGCAACCCCGCGAAAACAACGUCGUCGUCGUCGAAGCCUUUGAUCUGGAUGAGGAAGAGGAAGAUAUUUUUGUGGAGCCCGCAUGGCCACACUUGAGUGUUGUGUAUGAGUUCUUAUUGAAUUUCAUUACGUCUCCCCAAACCGACGUAAAGUUGGCCAGGAAGUACAUUGAUCAUUCUUUUGUUCGCAAGUUGUUUGAUCUUUUCGAAUCCGAGGAUCCCAGGGAAAGGGAGCGUGUCAAAACGGUUUGUCAUCGCAUAUAUGGGAAGUUUACGGGGCAUCGCCUGUUUAUAAGGAAGGUGAUGAACAACAUAUUCCUCCGAUUUGUUUUCGAGACGGAGAAGCAUGCCGGGAUUGCGGAUAUUUUAGACAGUUUGGGAGGUAUAAUCAAUGGCUUGGCCUUGCCACUUAAGGAAGAACACAAACUAUUCCUUGUCCGGGCUCUGAUUCCACUUCAUAAACCGAAGUGCUUACCGAUGUAUGAUCAGCCGUUGUCGUACUGCAUUAUGCGGUUUGUGGAGAAAGACUGCAAGCUCACGGAUACCGCCAUAAGAGGAUUGUUGAAGUAUUGGCCGAUUACUAAUUGUUCAAAGGAAAUUGUCUUCCUAUUUGAAUUGGAGGACAUUCUAAAAGCGACUCAGCCCGCUGAAUUUCAAGGAUGUAUGGUACCCAUUUUUCGCCAGAUUGCUCGAUGCUUGAGCAGCUCUCGCUCUCAGGUGGCUGAGAGGGCUUUGUGCUUGUUGAAGAAUGAUCACAUUAAGAACUUAGUUAGACAAAACCACAAAGUGAUACUGCCCAUCAUUUUCCCGGCCUUGGAGAAUGGUCUUAAUCACUGGAACAAAGAUGUCAAAAAACGGAUGCUUGAAAUCCACAACAUUUUCUCUGAUGUUGAUCCCGAGCUGUUUGAGGAGUGUUUGCACAAAUUUCAGGAGGACCAAUCAAAACUGGAGGAGACAAGAAGAAAACAAGAAACUGCGUGGAAGCGUUUGGAAGAGAUUGCUGCAUCAAAAGCUGCUGAGAAAGCAAUUCUUGUUCCUACCUCAGAACCAACACAAACACUUUCAAGUUAGUCAUACACAUUACUCACUGGAGUUAAGAGUCCAGAUUUUCCUUUUUUGGUGUCAAGUGAGCAGCAAGUAGUUGACUGAUAUGCUUUAAGAGGUCGGAUGCUUGUUGAUUCUAUGAAAGCUGAUUCUCAAAUUUGUGCAGAUAUCAUUGCAGGGUACACAGGAAGUAAGAGUUAGAAGAUUGCCAGGAAUGGAUAAUAUAGCUAUAACUAAUGCUUAAGAUGAUUAACAUGUUG